AGAGGAGGUUCCCUCUGUGCUUGAGAGUCAUUUCAGCUCUGCUCAGCCUCUUGUUCAUUUCUCUCCAAGUCCCAGCUCUAACACCUAAAUUUUUUUUAAGCAUGCCACCCAAGAAGAUUGAACCAAAGAAACCUGAGCCCAAGAAGCCAGAACCGAAGAAAGAUGCAGCUCCAGCUGCUAAACCAGCUCCUCCUCCGGAGCCACUACCUGAACCACCCAAGGAGCCUGACUUUGAUCCAAAGAGUGUUGCUAUCGAGUUCUCAACUGAUCAGAUUGAGGAGUUCAAGGAGGCAUUUACCUUGUUUGACCGCACACCAACUGGGGAAAUGAAGAUCACGUAUGCCCAGUGUGGGGAUGUGAUGCGAGCUCUGGGCCAGAACCCGACCAACUCUGAUGUACUGAAAGUCCUUGGGAAGCCACGGCCAGAAGACAUGAACAUUAAAAUGCUGGACUUUGAGACUUUCCUGCCAAUGCUUCAACACAUUUCCCGUGCAAAGGAUCAAGGCAACUUUGAGGAUUUUGUGGAAGGGCUCAGGGUUUUUGACAAAGAAGGCAACGGCACCAUUAUGGGAGCAGAGCUUCGUCAUGUGCUCGCAACGCUUGGCGAGAGGAUGACAGAAGACGAAGUGGACAGACUGAUGGCUGGGCAGGAGGAUGCCAAUGGGUGUAUCAACUAUACCUCAUUUGUAAAGCACAUCCUCUCUGGUUAACGAGGACAUUCAACCAAAAAAGACAAACCUUCUUAUUUUUGUCACUUAUUGGAUCAUUGUAUAUUUAGAGGUGAGAUUGAUCUGAAAGCAGUGAAAAUAUGUUGAGGCUGUUAUACUCAGAAGUUACUUUUGAGCAGAAAAUGAAAUUGUAAGUUGUUCUUUUGAAUAAACUUUUUUUAAUAAAAAUGUCAAUAAUUUACCAUUGGCAAUGAAGAUACAUUGAUUAAUAAAGAAAACAUGAUUACUACAUGCAUUAAAAGUGACUUUUCAAUAUACUAAACAUUUAAUUUAGAAGAAAGAAGGACUACACAUGAAAAUGCACAUUUAUGUAGACACCUUGACAAAUGGUCAUAACGUAAUCUGGAAAAGCAGAAAGGAAAAAUAAAUAUUUGGUUCCAUCUUUAAAAGGAGAAAACUUUUUUUUUCUCAAUUCUGCUUCAAAAGAACAGAGUUUCAAUAAGCUUGCUUUUGUGCAGCAGCUGCUUUGAAUCAGCAUAUAUAUAUUUCACUUACACACACAUGCACACGCACAGAAGAGCAAGACAGGUGCACCAAGGACAGACCUCCUCACAUUAUUUGCAGAGCUGGCAGAACAAUUUGCAAUGCCUUUGUAAAGUAAAUAAAGGUUCAUAUAAAGUGAAAAAUGUAUGAAUAUAACAUGACUUGACUAUUUCAAGUCUUACUUUGCAAUAAAAAGUAAAACAAA